GUUUAUUUUCUUUUUUUUUUAAAUAAUUGAAAUUAAUUCAUUCCUUUUUAUAUUCCAUUGCUUUGCAAAUAAUGUACUUUAUCUAUAAUAAUUUUUAUGGUUCAUGCAAAAUAUCUUUGCAGGUAUUCCUAGAUAAUUUAGAACUAGAAAAAUGCUUACUUUGGAAUCUUGGAAUGUCUUAAAGUAGAAGCAUAUCAAAAUCAAUGUUUUAAAGGAUAUAGGUUAAAACUUGCUGAUGUCUAGUAAAUACAUUUCAUUUGAAAUAAAAGAAGGUUAUGCAAUUCUGCGAUUCAACCGACCACAGAGGAAAAAUGCAAUCAUACCAGAGAUGCAAGUUGCCCUCACCCACCACUUGAAUCAGUUGGAAAGUGAUGAAAGUGUUAAGGUGGUUGUACUUACUGGUACAGGGGAAUAUUACACAAGUGGAGCAGAUUUUCUCGGUGGAAAUUCUAUGCCUGGAGAUGUUGUGGAUAGUCUUCAGAUAUUCAAAGAUCUGGUCGACAGAUUGAUUACCUUUCCUAAACCAAUCAUUGCAGCUGUCAAUGGUCCUGCUAUUGGCAUGGGUGUUACCACCUUACCAUUGUGUGAUGUUGUCUAUGCCUCAUCCAGCAGUACAUUCAUCACCCCAUUCUCACGGAUUGCUGCUGCACCGGAAGGUUGCUCAUCUUACACAUUUUCAAAAGCUAUGGGCUAUGCAAAGGCAAAUGAGAUGUUACUAUUUAAUCGCACAUUAUCAGCACAAGAAGCUUACACUGCAGGUCUUGUUACCGAAGUUUUUCCGAAAGAGGUUUUCAAAGCUGAAGUUCAGAAGCGUGUGGAAGAAAUUAUUGAUAACCCAAUAAAAAGUAUGAUUUAUGGAAAAAGAUUGAUAAGAGGACCAGAGAUAAAAACUUUGCUUCACGUGAAUGAAGUUGAAUUCAAGCGUUUAAUUGAACGAUUUCAGUCUGAAGAUGUAGUAGUUCAGGCGAUGAAAUUUUUCCAGAAACGUCAAAAACUCAAGGAAGAGAGAAUGGCAUCCAAGCUGUAGCAUCAUUAAUCAUUAUUUUAUAUAAUUAUUUCAAUUCAAAGUUUUUUUAUUAUUUAACUCUUUAAUUUUUAGGCAUUUAACAAUUAAAGUAAUAUGAAUAUAUUUUUAAAGUCUUUAUGUUAUAAUCGAUGAAAAUGGAUUUGCCAACGUGUAUCUGUUAGUGUAAUUUUAUACAGUUUUAUUUUUACAGAUUAUGCAUAUAAUAGCUAUAAUUCCGCUGUAAAUACUAAUAUAAAAAAAAUAAAUGAUUGUUGCUGGAU